AUGACGGGGGGAAAUCCGUUGUGGGAUUAUAAUAGUAAAAAAAUAAAAGUUAAAAUACAAAAUUCAUUACCGAUAAUAUCGGAAAAGGAAAAUAAGAAAAAAACGAAUAGUAAUAAUAAUAAUAAUAAUAAAACAUGGUUGAGAACUCAAUCGAUGAAUAAUUUAACAAAUUCAAAAGAUGUUUCUGACGAAUCAGGUAUAAGUUCUGGAGAAGAUAACAACAUAAUCGAUUCGAUAUCUCGAAACGUCGAACAAUUUUCUUUUUUAUCCGUUAGAGAAAGGAAAAAUUUUUUCGAAUCAUUAAAUUCUGAUAAAGAAAUAAAAGAAUGGACGACGACCAUGACGACGAUUGAUAAUAAUAAUUGUCCAUUAUCGAGAAGCAACAGCAUUGGAAAUUUAAAAAACAUAUUAGGUGAUAAUAAUAAUAAUAAUAAUAAAUUGAGAAAAAGAAAAAGGACAAAAUCAUUACACGAUCUUUACAAGACUCCCGUUAAAGAAAUAUGUCAAUUGUUUGAAUCGAAACAAACGAAGAGUAAAACGCAACAGCAACAACAGGAAAACGAUAAUACGAUACCGGAAAAAAAUGCUUUGUUCUUACUAACGCAGAGAAGACUACAGAGGGGGGAGAGAAAAUUGGAAAAAUUAAAAAAUCAAAUAACAGACGUUGAAGAAAAUAUAAAAAUAAUAUCAGACGAUUUAAAUUCAAUUACUCAAAACGAUAAUUUCAAAAGGAAAGAAAACGUAAAUUUAUAUACGGCUUUGGAAAGAAGAUUAGAAGAAGAAAAUUCGAGAUUGGAAAGACUCAUGCAAGAAACUGCGAGAAUAAUAAAAGGAAAUCAAAAAACAAUAAUGAAAUUGGAAAAGUCAUAA